GAAAUCACUGACUGAAAGGACAAUUUUAGAAGCCCUUAAAGACAGACACGCAGGAUGAUUUCUAUGUAUCCGUAUUGCCUGGUACGUAGUCAGUUUUUAUUUCAUCUGCUUUUCCUUAACAUGAGCAUUGAAGCAUUGAAACUGGAUAUAGUUAUCUAACACAUAAUAAAAGUAUGGCUCCAGUGACAAUCGAUUUGAAUAAAUAUGUGCAGUACCUAUGGCGGCUCUGUAUAUAUGUAUUAUAACAUGCACACAGACUGCACAGACACGUUGUAACACAUGCGCGUGUCUGCACUGAGACAUGUAAAGUGACAGCUGUCAUUCCACACGUUCCUGUACCCUCAGCUGUUCCAGGGCCGAGCAGUGAGUCACAAAUAACUGAGCCAGUGAGUGGGGGAUGAGCUGGCACUCACAGUCCUCCUUCUGGACACUCAGAUCUACCCGUGUACUUCGACAGGUCGGUCACACUCUAUCUCUAUCUGCCCUACUCCAUCUCUGUCUGUCUCUUUUCCCUCUCUCUGUCCUGGAUCGCUCUCUCAUUACCUCUCUGUCUGUCUCCCUGUCUCUGCUCACUCUCUCAUUCAAUUUCCAUGUCUCUCUGUCUCCCUCUGUCUCUACUUGCUCUCACAUUCCCUCUCUGUCUCUCUCUGUCUCUGCUUGCUCUGUCUCAUUCUCUCUCUGUCUUUGCUCGCUCUCUCAUUACCUCUCUUUGUCUCUCUCUUUCUCUGCGUCUCUCUCUGUCUCUGCUCAUUCUCUCUCUCUGUCUCUCUCCGUGUCUGCUCUGUCUGUAUUCCCCCCCCCCAACACACUCUCUUGUCUGCCAGCAGACUGCUGUUCCUGGUAAUAUCUUUGCAGAGAGCCCCUGACUCCAAGCAGGUAACUUGCUGAUAAUAGGCUGUGAUUUUAGUGUGACCUUGAACUGUGCUGUUUGUACCUCUCUGAUUUCUCAGUGACAACACCUCAGCCUGACAUGGAAGGAUCACUUACUACCCGUAUACAAUCACCCAAUUAUCUGUGAUUGACCAUUAACCAUGCAUUAAUUUAAACUUAAAAUCUGCCCCUCUACUCUUAGGAUCCCAACAAUUACCCUCAAAAUCUUCCCUUCUGUUCUUAGGAAACCCCCCCCCAAUUAUCUUCAGAUCUACCCCUCUACUCUAAUAUCCCCACAUUCCCCUCAGGAUCUGACCAACAUUAAUAUACUGCUAAAAUCCCCCCGAUUCCCCUCCGAAUCGGCCCUGAGAAUGAACUUAUUCACACUGAUAAAAUGCCAUUUUAAGGAACAAUGCACACAUAAAAAUGUGCUGUUAAGAAUUGGGGCCUUAACAAAAUAUGACCAUAUGAUGGAACUGAAUCCCUAUGUUUGUUUGCUGAGAGGCAAUUUAUGUAGCCAUAUAAGAUAUACAAAUGUAUUUUUAUGUAUGUGCUGUCCUUUAAUCUGUAUAUUGUAUAACCUGUGAUCGCUACAGCAGUGCCACUCCUGCAAAAUGCAUGUUUCGGGUCCACCCUUAAUUCCCUUUUGUCUUUAAUAUGCUAUUUUAACAGAGACUGUGCCAAUUCACUCUGUAAGUCUGCGCAUUCACCCUGAGAAUCUGACCAUUCACCCUGAAAAUCUGACCAUUCACUCUGAGAAUCUGUCCAUUCACCCUGAGAAUCUGUCCAUUCACCCUGAGAAUCUGACCAUUCACUCUGUAAAUCUGUCCAUUCACCCUGAGAAUCUGUCCAUUCACCCUGAGAAUCUGACCAUUCACUCUGUAAAUCUGUCCAUUCACCCUGAGAAUCUGUCCAUUCACCAUGAGAAUCUGACCAUUCACUCUGAACAAGAUCCCCUUCAUACCUAAAUCUUUGAAUAUCCAGUGCUGAGCUCAUCAGCCUCCUUCCAUGUAGCUUUUCCCUUCAGUAACGUUGUCCUCGGAACUCCGAGGUCUUUCCUGAUAUUCUAAUUAAAGUAACUGAAACUCUCCCAUGGUAAGUCUGAUAUACAGCAGGGCAUGCUUUGCAAAAACCUUGGCUAGCGAUACACAGAGGGCCUCAUUCACUAAACAACAAACUAGUAAAUGGCGAUAUCCUCCAACUAGACUAUAAUCACAGCUCGGCUAAUCCAACUUUAUUUCGUAAUUCUGAUUUCAAUUAGUCAGUGAUUAGUUAAUACAUUCGUUAUAUAGAAGUCAAUAUUGUACAGGUUAAUCAAAGUUGGAAGCGCACUCUGCCCCUCACAAUGGAAUCCAAGGUGCUUCUUGGAAAGUCCCAGUACCCAUAGGACCAAUAGUAGAUAAUUGUAGAAAAUAAUCCAGGCACUCCAAUAGAUUCCAAAUAUUAAGGCAAUUUAUUUGAACCAAGGACUACAAAGCAACAUUUCAGCCCUAUCAGGGCUUUUUUGAAGCUUGAAAAAAGCCCUGAUAGGGCUGAAACGUUGCUUUGUAGUCCUUGGUUCAAAUAAAUUGCCUUAAUAUUUGGAAUCUAUUGGAGUGCAUGGAUUAUUUUCUACAAUAUUGUACAGGUUGUCUUAUUUUCUAGCUCAGGGAAAAUAUAAUGUACUAUUUACCAUUUAUGGAAAGUUUUUAGAAAAACCUCAUGAAAAUGAAUAAAUAAUAUCUAUCGAAAUAAGAGAAAUUCCGGGGCAGCAUUGUAAAUGCCGAGAAAUCACCACGUUAAGCCUUAGAAUAGAACUUGUGUAGAUAGACAGAAAAAAACCAACAACAAACACACAAACACACACACACACAACAAGUCAUACCUUUCAUAAUAAAACUCGUAACAACACGCCAACUGUCCAUCCUCUACCUGAGCAAAACACCUGGGGGGAGAGGGGGGAAGAUUAAAAACUCUAAAAUAGAUACCAGGUCUAAACUGGCUGGUAAAAAGUGACACUCUGGUAGAUAUCCCUGGCUGGUAAAUGGAGACACUCUGGUAGAUAUCCCUGGCUGGUAAAUGGUGACACUCUGGUAGAUAUCCCUGGCUGGUAAAUAGUGACACUCUGGUAGAUAUCCAUGGCUGGUAAAUGGAGACACUCUGGUAGAUAUCCCUGGCUGGUAAAUAGUGACACUCUGGUAGAUAUCACUGGCUGGUAAAUAGUGACACUCUGGUAGAUAUCACUGGCUGGUAAAUAGUGACAUUCUGGUAGAUAUCCCUGGCUGGUAAAUAGUGACACUCUGGUAGAUAUCACUGGCUGGUAAAUAGUGACACUCUGGUAGAUAUCACUGGCUGGUAAAUAGUGACAUUCUGGUAGAUAUCACUGGCUGGUAAAUAGUGACACUAUGGUAGAUAUCCCUGGCUGGUAAAUUGUGACACUAUGGUAGAUAUCCCUGGCUGGUAAAUAGUGACACUAUGGUAGAUAUCCCUGGCUGGUAAAUAGUGACACUAUGGUAGAUAUCCCUGUCUGGUAAAUAGUGACACUCUGGUAGAUAUCCCUGGCUGGUAAAUAGUGACACUCUGGUAGAUAUCCAUGGCUGGUAAAUAGUGACACUCUGGUAGAUAUCACUGGCUGGUAAAUAGUGACAUUCUGGUAGAUAUCACUGGCUGGUAAAUGGUGACACUCUGGUAGAUAUCACUGGCUGGUAAAUAGUGACACUCUGGUAGAUAUCCCUGUCUGGUAAAUAGUGACACUCUGGUAGAUAUCCCUGUCUGGUAAAUAGUGACACUCUGGUAGAUAUCCAUGGCUGGUAAAUAGUGACACUCUGGUAGAUAUCACUGGCUGGUAAAUAGUGACAUUCUGGUAGAUAUCACUGGCUGGUAAAUAGUGACACUCUGGUAGAUAUCCCUGGCUGGUAAAUAGUGACAUUCUGGUAGAUAUCCCUGGCUGGUAAAUAGUGACACUAUGGUAGAUAUCCCUGUCUGGUAAAUAGUGACAUUCUGGUAGAUAUCACUGGCUGGUAAAUAGUGACACUCAGGUAGAUAUCCCUGGCUGGUAAAUAGUGACACUCUGGUAGAUAUCACUGGCUGGUAAAUAGUGACACUCUGGUAGAUAUCACUGGCUGGUAAAUAGUGACAUUCUGGUAGAUAUCCCUGGCUGGUAAAUAGUGACACUCUGGUAGAUAUCACUGGCUGGUAAAUAGUGACACUCUGGUAGAUAUCACUGGCUGGUAAAUAGUGACACUCUGGUAGAUAUCACUGGCUGGUAAAUAGUGACACUCUGGUAGAUAUCCCUGGCUGGUAAAUAGUGACACUCUGGUAGAUAUCCCUGGCUGGUAAAUGGUGACACUCUGGUAGAUAUCCCUGGCUGGUAAAUAGUGACACUCUGGUAGAUAUCCCUGGCUGGUAAAUAGUGACACUCUGGUAGAUAUCACUGGCUGGUAAAUGGUGACACUCUGGUAGAUAUCCCUGGCUGGUAAAUAGUGACACUCUGGUAGAUAUCCAUGGCUGGUAAAUAGUGAUGACAUUCCACGGUAGAUAUCCCUGAAACAGUGGGGUGUUGUGACAUUCGGUAAGAUAUCCUGGCUGGUAAAUGGUGACUGGUGGAGUAUCCCUGGCUGAGUAAAUGAGGGACACUCUGGUGUUAGAUAUCACAAGCUGGUAAAUGGUGACAUUCACAGAGGUAGAUAUCCUAGCUGGUAUAUAGAGACAUUCUGGUAGAUAUAUAUCUGGUAAGUGUGACAUUCCUGGUAGAUAUCCUAGCUGGUAAAUAGUGACACUAUAUGGUAGAUAUCACUGGCUGAUAAAUGGCUGACAUUCUGGUAGAUAUCCCUGGCUGGUAAAUAGUGACAUUCUGGUAGAUAUCCCUGGCUGGUAAAUAGUGACACUCUGGUAGAUAUCCCUGUCUGGUAAAUAGUGACACUCUGGUAGAUAUCCCUGGCUGGUAAAUAGUGACACUCUGGUAGAUAUCACUGGCUGGUAAAUAGUGACACUCUGGUAGAUAUCCCUGGCUGGUAAAUAGAGACAUUCUGGUAGAUAUCACUGUCUGGUAAAUUGUGACAUUCUGGUAGAUAUCACUGGCUGAUAAAUAGUGACAUUCUGGUAGAUAUCCCUGGCUGGUAAAUAGUGACACUCUGGUAGAUAUCCAUGGCUGGUAAAUAGUGACACUCUGGUAGAUAUCACUGGCUGGUAAAUAGUGACACUCUGGUAGAUAUCACUGGCUGGUAAAUGGUGACACUCUGGUAGAUAUCCCUGGCUGGUAAAUAGUGACACUCUGGUAGAUAUCCAUGGCUGGUAAAUAGUGACACUCUGGUAGAUAUCACUGGCUGGUAAAUAGUGACACUCUGGUAGAUAUCCCUGGCUGGUAAAUAGUGACACUAUGGUAGAUAUCCCUGGCUGGUAAAUAGUGACAUUCUGGUAGAUAUCCCUGGCUGGUAAAUUGUGACAUUCUGGUAGAUAUCCCUGGCUGGUAAAUAGUGACACUCAGGUAGAUAUCCCUGGCUGGUAAAUGGUGACAUUCUGGUAGAUAUCCCUGGCUGGUAAAUAGAGACACUCUGGUAGAUAUCCCUGGCUGGUAAAUGGUGACAUUCUGGUAGAUAUCCCUGGCUGGUAUAUAGAGACAUUCUGGUAGAUAUCACUGUCUGGUAAAUUGUGACAUUCUGGUAGAUAUCACUGUCUGGUAAAUUGUGACAUUCUGGUAGAUAUCACUGGCUGAUAAAUAGUGACAUUCUGGUAGAUAUCCCUGGCUGGUAAAUAGUGACAUUCUGGUAGAUAUCCCUGUCUGGUAAAUAGAGACAUUCUGGGUAGAUAUCCCUGGCUGGUAAAUAGUGACACUCUGGUAGAUAUCACUGGCUGGUAAAUAGUGACACUCUGGUAGAUAUCCCUGGCUGGUAAAUUGUGUCAUUCUAGUAGAUAUCCCUGGCUGGUAAAUAGUGACAUUCAGGUAGAUAUCCCUGUCUGGUAAAUAGAGACAUUCUGGUAGAUAUCACUGGCUGUAAAUAGUGAAUUCUGGUAGUGAUAUCCCUGGCUGGUAAAUUGUGACACUCUGGUAGAUAUCCCUGGCUGGUAAAUAGUGACACUCUGGUAGAUAUCACUGGCUGGUAAAUAGAGACAUUCUGGUAGAUAUCCCUGUCUGGUAAAUAGUGACACUAUGGUAGAUAUCCCUGGCUGGUAAAUAGUGACACUCUGGUAGAUAUCAAUGGCUGGUAAAUAGUGACACUCUGGUAGAUAUCCCUGGCUGGUAAAUAGUGACAUUCUGGUAGAUAUCCCUGGCUGGUAUAUAGAGACAUUCUGGUAGAUAUCACUGUCUGGUAAAUUGUGACAUUCUGGUAGAUAUCACUGUCUGGUAAAUUGUGACAUUCUGGUAGAUAUCACUGGCUGAUAAAUAGUGACAUUCUGGUAGAUAUCCCUGGCUGGUAAAUAGUGACACUCUGGUAGAUAUCCCUGGCUGGUAAAUAGUGACACUAUGGUAGAUAUCCCUGGCUGGUAAAUUGUGACACUCUGGUAGAUACCACUGGCUGGUAAAUAGUGACACUAUGGUAGAUAUCACUGGCUGGUAAAUAGUGACACUCUGGUAGAUAUCCCUGGCUGGUAAAUUGUGACACUCUGGUAGAUAUCACUGGCUGGUAAAUAGUGACACUAUGGUAGAUAUCACUGGCUGGUAAAUAGUGACAUUCUAGUAGAUAUCACUGGCUGGUAAAUAGUGACACUAUGGUAGAUAUCCCUGGCUGGUAAAUAGUGACACUCUGGUAGAUAUAACUGGCUGGUAAAUUGUGACACUCUGGUAUAUAUCCAUGGCUGGUAAAUAGUGACACUCUGGUAGAUAUCCCUGGCUGGUAAAUAGUGACAUUCUAGUAGAUAUCCCUGUCUGGUAAAUAGUGACAUUCUAGUAGAAAUUCCUGGCUGGUAAAUUGUGACACUAUGGUAGGUUUUGUGAUCUAGAGUAAAGUUCAUCAAAUCAUUGUCUUCAGUAAGUUUCUGUGUGUCUUUCAGAAUGUCGAAGCCUCAGUUGAUGCAGGGUAUGCAAAAGGAUCUCACGUGCCAAUUAUGCCUUGAACUCUUCCGAUCCCCUAUCACCCCCGAAUGUGGUCAUACCUUCUGCCAAGGCUGCUUGACUGGGGCCUCUAAGAGCCAGGGUGAAAAUGGAUCUACACUGUGCCCAACAUGCCAGGCUCCUUCUCGACCUGAGACCCUUCAUAUCAACCGUCAGCUGGAGCAUCUGGUGGAAAGUUUCAAGAAGGUCCCUCAAGGCCACUGCCUCGAACAUUUGGACCCAUUGAGUGUUUUCUGUGAGCAGGACAAGGAGCUCAUCUGUGGCGUGUGUGCAUCACUUGGCAAGCACAAGGGUCACAAUAUUAUCACAGCUUCCGAGGCCUACAGCAAGAUGAAGGUAGAAUUCUACUCGCGCCAUUACACAUUACUCAACACAAGUCUGCGUGGCCAGAUACAAAACAACACAGCUGGUUCUAAAUGUGUUAUAAAAUGCAACACAACUUAAUACAAUACCUUAUCAUACAAUACAGCACAACACAACCCUAUAUUAUGUAAUAUUGUUCAACACAACCCUGUACUGUAAAAAACAAUUCAACACAAGCCUAUAAUAUAAAAUAUCAUUCAACACAACUCUACAUGAUACAGCACAGUUCAAUACAACUCUGUAUUAUACAAUACAGUUAAACAUAACCUGUAUGAUACAGUUUAACACAUCCCUAUAUUAUACAAUACAAUCAACCCAGCCCUGCGUUAUAUAGAAAAGGUCAACACAACCCAACAUUAUACAAGCCAGCUCAACAUAACCCGACAUUAACAAUACAACCCAGUACAUCACAACUCUGCUUUAUACAACACUCCACAACUGACACUUCCACUUCAAAAAAACUCAUACAUAGAACUUGACACAACCCAAUAUUACACAACAUAGCUCAACACACUGUUAUAAAACAGAUCAAUACAACUAACCCCACUAUUGGUCCUUAAGGGUUUAAAUAUAAUUGUGGUCCAUUUAUUGUAAGGUUUGAUGUACUACAUCUUUAUUACUCCAGAUUAUAUAAAUCCACAUUAGCCAGCCCAGUAGGUGUUAGCCUUUGUGAUGCAAUACAACUGUACAGAAAGCAAAUGUAUCAAAUUACAUCAAUAUCCCCUCAUUUACUUCACAUAAACCCAUUACAUAGUUACAUUAGCAUUGACGGACAUUGGUUCAUAUUUUUUACUCUCUCCUUCCCUCUAGAGGCAACUGCCGCAACAGCAAGUUCUCCUGCAGGAGGCUCGGCUAAAAAAGGAGAAGACCGUGGCCUUGCUGGACAGACAGGUGGCUGAGGUGCAGGUCAGUGUGAAACUACAUUUUAAGAAGUUCCCACAUUCUAUUCCACCAAAUUUAACCCCAUGUCAUGUUCUGGUACCUUGCUGUGACCAAAAUCAGAUGGGUAAUAUCUAAAUUUUCAUAUUCUUAAACCCUGCUAAUUUCCUUUCAAAAUAUCCCAAAAAUAUCUCAAAUUCUAAAUGCACAUCCACCCCAUCCUCUCUCCACAGGACACUGUGUCCCGGUUUAAGAUCAGCGUGAGAGAACAGCUGAACAUAAUGAGGUCCUACCUCGAUGUGAUGGAAAAGUCACUGGCUCGGGAGGCAGAUAAAGCAGAACAGUCGGCAACCGCUGCUCUGGUGGGUGAGAGGAAGACCAUGGCACAUUAUCUGGAGCAACUCCGGCAGAUGGAAGGAGUUCUGAAAGAUGUGGAAGAACACGAACAAACAGAGUUCCUCAGGGUGAGUUUUAUCUAGAACCUGAGGGUCUCGACUCUCAUGUAACUAUACAAAUAAAUGGGAACCGCCAUGUUUUCUUGUCAAAAAAACUUACACCACUUUUUUAUUUCCCCCAGAAAAUAAGCGUUGUUGGAUCCAGGUAAAAUACCUUUUUGUUUUCUUAAUCUCUCUGGUCGAUCUCCACUGUAUAAUUCUACUAUCUCUGCACAGAACCUUCCAUAUCCUGUCCCACCAUCUGUAGAGCUCCUGUAUAGAACACCCACUUAAUUUACACUUAAACAUAUGCUGAAUAUGCCAGGUUCUACCAAGCUUACAGUUUUACAUCUUUGUUGCUUUUUAUAAUAGUCAGAGCAAGAUCUUAACACCACCUAUCUGCCUUGCUAUCCCUGCAUGGACCCUUCUAUUUCAUUUUGUGCAGAUCCUUCUAGAUAGAAUGCCUACUAACCUUCAAAUUCACAUGUGAUUCAUACGCCAAGUUCAACAAAGUUUACAGCUUUGCAUCUCUAUUGCUUUUAUUAAUAGAUUGGGCAAAAUCUUGUCUGAAUCUCCCCCUCCUGGGCGUCUCGACAUCCAGCUCCCCAUCAUUUCUGACGAGUUUAAGUUCCAGGUCUGGAGGAAAAUGUUCAGAGCACUGCUACCAGGUGAGCAUGAGUUUUAGAGGGUGAGUGUAAGGAUGGGUACAGGGUAUGAGUGAGAGAGUGAAAGAGUUAGAAUGAAAGGUUUGAGGUGGAUGUACAUGGAUUACAUACUAAAUCCAACUUUUGUCUACCACCAUUUUAAAUGCCUAUUUAGCAAAUUCAACCAAUCCUGUGUAUGGAGCUGUAUGGAAAAAAAUGUACCAAAACAUAUAUUUGUUCAGUGUUUAUAGUUCCUUUCCCUGACAUUUUUAUGGCAGUUUUUCUUUAUAAAUCUCAGAUACCCUUAGACACAAUUCUAAAGUUAUCUGUCACUCAGUAAAAAAGAGAGAAAUUAAUACACAAAUAUCAUUUUCAUUUAGAGAUGUAUAUAAAAUAUACCCCAGAUAGUUUGCUCAAGCAAUAUGGCUCUUUGUCUCCUGAAGUUGGCCAGGGCCAACAUUUGUGUAGUCAUACCCAGCUCAUUCGUCUUACUCUCUUUUUGUAACUUACCUAAUUGUUCCAGGGCUAGAAAACCUCACAUUCGACCCAGAAGCAGCUCAACAGAACCUAGUCAUUUCUGCAGAUGGAAAAUCAGUAGAGUGCUCUGAGCACAAACAGGCAGUAUCUGAUGAGCCAACUCGAUUUGACAAAGGCAACUGCCUAGUGUCCAAAGAAAGCUUCACUGAUGGAGAACACUACUGGGAGGUCCUGGUGGAAGAUAAACCAAGGUGGUCACUGGGCCUAAUUUCUGAGACAGCAAAUCGCAAAGGAAAACUUCAUGCAAGUCCUUCAAACGGCUUCUGGAUUGUGAGCUGCAAGGAAGGGAAAGUCUACGAGGCUCAUGCCGAACAAAAGGAGCCAAGGGUUCUCCGUGUGGAUGGCCGGCCAGAGAAGAUUGGGAUUUACCUUAGUUUCUCUGAUGGUGUGGUGUCUUUCUUUGAUUCAGAUGACGAAGACAAUGUGAAACUGAUGUACACCUUUCACGAGAGAUUUUCUGGCCGACUCUAUCCGUUCUUCGAUGUCUGCUGGCACGACAAGGGGAAAAAUGCCCAGCCGUUAAAGAUCUUUGCACCUCAGUCUUAAUCACAUAAGCAUUAAUGGCCUUAGGAAUUGGGGUUUGUCAAGGAGAGGUUGGAAUGUUUUGGGAUUUUUUAAGAAUGAAAAAUUAAGGAGUCAAAAAAUAAAUUACUUACCUGACCUGCUUUAUGUUAUGAAGAAUUGCUUGCUCUUCACAAAGUCUAAUAUGUAACCCUUUAUUAAUAAUAGGACUUGGCUGCGUCAAUAUGCAAAUGUGUAGGCAACACAGUUUGUAGGAACUUAGCAACAUUGUAUAGAGCACCAUACACAUUGUCACUAGUAAACCUUAUCCUACAAUAAAUGUAUUUUCUCAUCACAAUUUGUUUGCAAUAAAUGAAGUUAAAUACUGUCUUAUAGUGGGUUUUGAAGGGUCUCUAUUCUCUGUGAUUGCUCCAGGUCUUACCAUAAAAUAUCAUCACAUAUUCCAUAUAUUACGUACAACAUGCCGGCUUCCCUUAAAAACACUGGAACUGAGGGGAAAGUUGCUAACCUGCAAAUUUCUUCUACCAUAGAUUUAGAAUGACCUGGCCCUGUGGAUGCGGGCGAUCUGUAUGUUCCCUGAAAUUUGUUGAUAUUGAUAUCUGAUAUUUUACGGUGUCUGAUCCCAGCUUUCUCUGCUUUGUACCCUGUUAUUUUAGGAACCGACAAGGACAGAAUUCCUAGGAUAAUCAAUGGAAAAAUGGCAAAAAAAAUAUAAAACACAUUACUAGCAGGUGUCCCAUUAGUGAUCAGGGAUUACAAAGUGACAGUCCAGGGC